CCGAGACGUAAACCUUACAAACAUGGCGACGCUCCGAAGAGAGUACGGAGAUUGGAAAUACGACCGUUUUUAACCGAGAAAAUAACCUCCUCUUCGCAUGUUACAAUGUGGUGGGGUUAGCCGGAGCCACCGCACGCACAGCAUUUUAGACGAUGUUUGCAGAGGCCAGUCUGUCCAUCUGGGGAUGGGGGGGUCUUGGAGUCGUGCUGUUCCUUGUCACCUUUGGACCCUUUGCCAUAUUCUACCUGGCCUUUUAUAUCUUCUGCUUCAUUGGAGGGGGCUUCGCGGUCACUCUGCUCUAUGGAAAGAUCAAUUCAGAGAAACACCUGGAAAAGUGCGAGCAUUCUUACUUGCCACCCACACAAAUUGGUAUACUGAAGACAUUGGAUGAGAUGAAGCUGGAGAUGAAGCCUAUAAAGAUUGACAGGAGACUGACUGGCUCCAGCUUUAUAGAUGAACCACUACAACAGGUGAUCCAGUUUGCUCUGAGAGACUAUAUCCAGUACUGGUACUACACUCUGAGCGAGGAUGAGUCCUUCUUAUUGGAGAUCAGACAGACGCUGCAGAACGCCCUCGUCCAGUUCUCUACAAAGUCCAAAGAGGUGGACUGGCAGCCUUACUUUACUACUCGCCUGGUGGACGACUUUGCCACCCAUUUACGUGUCUUUAGAAAAGCCCAGGAUCGCCUCACUGACAGAGAAGACAAGCAAAGGGACAUAACGGAGGAGCUGGUGGAGUCCUUCUUUGAGGCCGAGGUGGAAAUGGAAAGGAAGAUUUGUCGAGACGUGGUGUGCACUUCACACAAGGAUGAAGAAGGUUUUCUUCGCGACUUGUGUGAGUUGCUCCUGUAUCUGUUACUACCUCCUGGAGAUUUCCACAACAAGAACAUGAGAUACUUCUUAAGGGAGGUGCUGGCGCGUGGUGUGCUACUUCCUCUGAUCAACCAGCUGAGUGACCCAGACUACAUCAACCAGUUUGUCAUCUGGAUGAUACGGGACACCAGCUGUAACUAUGAAGCCUUCAUGAACAUCCUGAAGCUGACAGACAAGCCUCCAGAGCUGGAGGCUGUCAAGGACAAGGUGCUGGAGGAGCUGCAGUACCUCCGCUCCCUGGACACCGCUGGAGACGACAUCAAUGUGAUCAAGAACCAGAUUAACAGUCUUCUGUUUGUGAAGAAGGUGUGUGAGACCAGGAUCCAGAGACUACAGUCUGGCAAAGAGGUGGAUGCCUUGAAGCUGGCAGCCAAUUUUGGCAAGCUGUGUGUUAUCCCACUGGAACACAUCCUCGUCCACAACAUAGCCCUGCAGUUCUUCAUGGACUUCAUGCAGGCAGCGGGGGCCCAGGCAGAGCUGUUCUUCUGGCUCACUGUGGAGGGCUACAGGGUGACGGCACAGCAGCAGCUGGAGGCCAUGCAGGGCUGGCAGAAAGAUGGCAAGAAGCAGCCCAGCGCCACCAAGGGGCUGCUGAAAGCUGCUGCACUGGGUGUCUACGAACAGUACCUCUCUGACAAGGCGUCUCCCAGGGUGCAGGUGGACGAGGCGUCUAUAACAAAGCUAGGGGAGAAGCUACAGAAAGAUGACCCCACGCCAGAGAUAUUUGAUGAAAUCCAGAGAAAUGUAUAUGACAUGAUGCUACGUGAUGAGCGCUUCUACCCCUCCUUCAAGCAGAGUCCUCUCUACGUCCGCAUGCUAGCAGAGCUGGACAUGUUGAAAGAGCCCAGCUACCGGGGAUCUGAUGAUGGCGAUGGAGAAUCCUUCAACGGCUCUCCCACAGGAAGCAUAAACCUAUCUUUGGAUGACUGGGCCAACUCCUGCCAUGAUGAAUCUAUGCACCUACAUGCCUUCAUCUCCGACACAGGGGUUUGCAACGACCACGGUAAAACCUAUGCGCUGUACGCCAUCACUGUGUUCAGACGCACCCAGGACGGCAGUGAGGACUGCUGGAAGACCUAUCGCCGCUACUCUGACUUCCACGACUUCCAUAUGAGGAUCACAGAACAGUUUGAGAACCUGGCGUCGAUCCUCAAGCUGCCAGGGAAAAAGACCUUCAACAACAUGGACAGAGAUUUCUUGGAGAAGAGAAAAAAAGACCUCAAUGCUUACCUACAGUUGCUGCUGAAUCCAGAGAUGGUGAAGGCCUGUCCAACUCUGAUUCCUUAUGUUUAUGACUUCCUAGAGAACAAGGCUUACAGCAAGGGCAAGGGAGAGUUUGCACGCAAGAUAGACACAUUUGUAAAUCCUCUGAAGAGCUCCAUGAGAAAUGUGUCCAACGCAGUGAAGGCCCUGCCAGACAGUCUGGCUGAGGGCAUGACCAAGGUCUCUGAUAACAUGGGCCGCAUGUCAGAAAGACUGGGCCAGGACAUUAAACAAUCCAUACUCAAGGUGCCUCCACUCCUCCCCAAGACUGACAUCGACCCUGAACACUGUCGAGUCUCUGCUCAGCUUGAUGACAAUGUGGAUGAUAACAUCCCGCUGAGGGUAAUGCUGCUGCUGAUGGACGAGGUGUUUGACCUCAAGGAGAAAAACCAGUGGCUUCGCAGGAACAUCAAGAACCUGCUGCAGCAGCUCAUCAGGGCCACAUAUGGAGACACCAUCAACAGGAAAAUUGUGGAUCAUGUGGACUACUUGACCUCGCCAGAGCAGGUUGCAGACUAUGUCAAGAAGUUCAGGGAUUCCUACUGGCCCAACGGUAUUCUGGCUGAGACGCCCCCUCGUAGGGACAAGAGUAUCCGCAUGAGGACACGAGUAGCUGCCAAGACCAGCCUGCUGGGCAUCAUGCCAGAUGAGCUGAAGCACAUCAUUGGAGCGGACACCACAAGAAAGGGCAUUCUCCGCGUCUUCGACAUGUUUCAGUACCAACCCAUGAACCGCCGGCUGGUCUACGUUUUCCUGGAGGGCUUCUUGGAGACGAUGUUCCCCCAGUACAAAUUCCCUGAGCUCUUUGUCAAGCUGCACUCCCGCUCGCCACGCAUCCACAGAUAUGGCCAGAAAGUCAAAUCGUCAUCCCUCAAGAGGUGACAAGAGAGGACAGAUGGAACGGGACAUGGGCCGACUAGACACACACAGACUUGAGAGUGAGAGUGGGGGGGCUUAAUGUGAACGGUGAGGGGUGGGUGUGUGUGAUUUCUGCCCUUCCACUUUCCUCACACACUCUUUUUAGUGAAAACACUCCAAUUAUCCAGCUGAUUAUUUCUGUCAUGACAGAACUGAAGGAUGAAGACACACUCUGCCCUCCUCUCACUCUGAGACACACACACAUGCGCAAACAUAAAUCCUGUAAUUUGCACCAAGACUGAACAUUGCAGUCUUUUUCUUUUAGUAUGUAUUGUUUCCUCCUCCUUUUUUGGACUUUCACGGUGUGUUUAGCUUUAUCCUGGGCCAGUUGAUGCUGCUUUCCUGCGGUCCAGAGAGCAGACCACAAAUGCUGUAUUGAUUUUUAAACUGCAGGCGUAGAUAGCGUAGACCCACACCUUGCCUUACCUUCCGCUUCUGUCUUUUGGCCGGCACAGUCUACCAUCUCAGUGACCAGCUGUAGUCAAACUUACCCUCACGCUGUAGACAUUUUAUCUGCAAAAGCUGCACACUUGCUAACAUACAAAUUUUGUUUUCAUAGCAACCAAAUACAUCAAUAGCACUGGGUUACAAAGGCGCUGUUUUUAAAAUGUGAUUGAACAAACAUGGGCCGAAAGGAUGAUUUUUAUUUUUAUUGUCCACAUUUUUUCUAGCCUCUAUGCUUCUCUUGAGACAUUUUGAGGCUUUUUUCUAUCUGAAGUGUUCCCAUCCCCUUUAAUGCUACUGUCAAAACCAGUGACGACCAAAGCUCAUACUGUUACGUGUGUGUGCACUGGUUUGAUGUUGGGAUACUCUGAACAUUACUGUGCUUCAUAUCGUUGACGUGUGAGCAAAGAGAAUGCAAAGUUGACCUUUCAACAACCUGAAAGGUGAGACUGGGAGGACACACUGGGAGGCUCAGCUCUAGGAGACACUGGCUGUCAGAGCGCAUCAUCAAAGAAUGUACUCUGGUCUAUUCUGUAUUCGGCUCGUGUAGAAGUGUGUGUGUGUGUGUGUGUGUGUGUUUGUGUGUUUAGCAUGAAGACGCAACCCUCUUCAGUCAGAAACUGUGCCAGUGCGAGUUAGUGAACCAGCCUUAACACUAUAUACAGUAUAUACUGACCAAGAGACGCACGCUAGUAGCUCUCCUUCACAAGACUGAACGUUACAAGGAAUCAAGAUAGAGAUAUGGAGAUAUAUCCCUAAUCACUUUUAUUCAGAGAACAUGUCUUUAAUUGUGUGCAAUAUAUUUUUUUUCUUUAAUGCAUGUGCAUUUUGAAUCAUUGUUAACUGAAAAGAGUAAUUCAUAUUGUUUUAAUAGUUGAAAACAUGAGAGGUUUCCCCAGAAAUGUCGUCUUUUCCCAACAACUUAACAUUCCGUUGUUGUAAAAGUACGUUGUUUAUUUUAACAGACUUGUUUUAUAAGUCUGAGGGGUUUUUUGUUUUGUUUUUGGUGUGUGGGGGAUAUUUUUCACUUAUCCCUCGCCCACUCAGUACAGACUCUGUGUUUUGGGUAUCAGUUGGGCAGUGGUAGGGGGUUUUCCUUGUCGCAGCCCAAUGCGCUAUAGCUAGGUCAGAAGCGGCCUCAAACAACUGCUUCUUUUUAACUCAUGAGUGGCGUUUUAUGCAUUCAAGCCUGUUCUAUUGUUUAGAUCGUUGUUGCCCCUUGUCCACCUGUCCAAUAGGCUCACAGGAGAGCCAUGCCGUAUGACCAAUGGAAUCACUGCUAAUGAGCACUUACCGUAGCUACUGUGGGAGGGCCUCUCUCAUUGGCUGGACGGAGCCACAUUCUGCUGCAGUCAUUGGACGUAACUUCCUCGUCCGCUUUGAUUCACUUGGCCUGAGCAGCCCUGGUGGACUCUGAUUGGCUGAGUAGGAGGACAUGAACUGGAGCCUCAUACUAAGAGGUGAAUAUUUUGUCCCCAUGGAGGAGGUGCCACCUUCAACCUUCUGCACACCUCUCCAUACAGGAAGGCUUGUAUUUUUUUUUUUUUAACCCCAGUAUUUAUGAUAAUCUAUGAUAAUGAAAAUUGUCCAUAUAUGUGUACAGUAUGUGUUAAUAGUGUGCCUAAAUGUACUGUCAACUCUAUUUUCAUAUUUUUCUUUAACCUAAAAAAAAUCAAUCAGAAUGUCAUGAUCGUUUUACACGACAGAAAAUGACUUUAGGGUGUUUUUUUGCAUCAUGCUUAUCAAACUCUUCCUUGUGAGCAAUUGUGCUCAGAUCAGUAUAACACUAAUAAAAAGGUAACUCAGACUAACUGAC